GAAAAAGGAAAGAGAGCGGGAAGAGAACGCGUAUUAACAUUCAUUUGUCUACCCGAGCGCUUUCUAUAAUAAGCAGAGAAUUUAUUGCCUUUAUUGUUACUCAUCUCAUCUCCUCUCCUCUCCAAAUAUUCUUUCUUUCUUCUGAGAGCAGAUAGAUCUGCGCGUUGUUCGUUUCUGAGAAGAGCUUAUUAUAACCAUACCGCCACUCGGACUCCCUGGCUAGUAUUCCAGAUUAUCGAUGCCCUGCAAAAUGAGCGGUUAAGUAGAUUGUAGAUCGCAUCUGCAUUCUGAGUGUACACCGAAUGCAGCAGUGUCUAAACUAUUGAUGUCUGUGUUCCCAGAUUAUAGACAUGGCUCCUCCUAUUGAGACUCCCAGUAAACUUCCUAUCUCUCGCCAUUCCUCACACCCACCUCUUAAUGAAAGGAUACUUUCAUCAAUGAAUAGGAGAUCUGUUGCUGCACAUCCUUGGCAUGAUCUGGAGAUUGGACCUGAAGCUCCAAAGAUAUUCAACUGUGUGGUUGAAAUAGGGAAAGGGGGCAAGGUGAAAUAUGAACUUGACAAAAAAACUGGACUGAUCAAGGUUGACCGUGUGCUUUACUCUUCAGUUGUAUAUCCCCACAACUAUGGUUUCAUCCCCCGCACUCUUUGUGAGGACAAUGAUCCCAUGGAUGUCUUGAUUAUCAUGCAGGAACCAGUUCUUUCAGGAUGCUUUCUUCGCGCUAAAGCUAUAGGACUGAUGCCAAUGAUUGAUCAGGGUGAGAAAGAUGACAAGAUAAUUGCGGUUUGUGCUGAUGAUCCUGAAUACCGCCACUACAAUGAUAUCAAGGAAUUACCACCACAUCGUUUAGCUGAGAUCCGUCGCUUCUUUGAAGAUUACAAGAAAAAUGAGAACAAGGAGGUUGCUGUUAAUGACUUUCUGCCGGCCUCUGAUGCCUAUGAGGCAAUCCAGCAUUCAAUGAAUCUUUAUGCGGACUACAUAGUGGAGAGCCUCAGGCGAUAGAUGUUCCAGCACACAAAAAUGACAGGCCGAUGCUUGAAGAUGUAUACGAUGACGACGAUUAUGUUAGGGUUGCAUGCUUCACAGUUGUAAUAAACAGCGAAGAAACAAGGAAAAGAAAUUCUGGCGUUGGCUUGACUUCAUAAUGGUGCCUUAUUUUUUUGCUGUUUUUUCUUUUUCUUUUUCUUUUUUCGUUUGCCAUCAUUUGUUAAUUUGUAUGUAUUGAUUUCACUUACUUUGAAUUUAUGAUACUUUUUGUACGUGAGAAACGAUAGUAAUUAUUUUUUCAUAUGAUGAAAAAAAUAUAAUACUAUAAGCAAUUACUUGGUGUUUA